AUCAGUUCUUCGUCCUGGAAAAUCCAAUUUUACGCGAGUGGUUGAUUGAAUUCAGGUCCGGGGAAGGCCAUCAGCAUACACCAUGAAUCAACAGCGGCAACCAGGUGACCGCGAAACUUUGCCAACGGCCGCGGAUCUCGAGGCCAACCGACCUCUCCUGUCACGAACAUCAACCCUUCAAGGCUCUGCCGAAGGUGAACAUGUACCGACCUUCUGGUCCGACAAAUAUUCACAAAUUCGUACAGGAGGAUUCUGGACGCGGUUAUGGAACUUUAGGAUUGACGCGCGAGUCGUAUCCGAUGCCAUCCUUGGCCUUUCCGACGGGCUCACAGUUCCAUUUGCACUCACUGCCGGCCUGACGGCAUUGGGAGAUACGAGAGUCGUGAUCUUAGGAGGUCUCGCCGAGCUGAUAGCAGGAGCCAUCUCGAUGGGACUUGGCGGAUAUGUCGGUGCCAAAAGCGAGAUGGAGUCAUAUAACGCCGUUGAUCGAAGCUGCAACACCCUCAUCUUGCAUGAGCCCGACGCUGCCAGAGACUAUGUCCAGGAGUACUUUGAGCAGUUUGGAUUGUCACAGGAAGAAACCAAGAGAGUGGCCAACCACAUCAAAGCAUCGACUCCCAUGUUCAAAGAAUUUCUCAUGCAGAACCAUUUCCAGGCGUCGAAGCCCGACACGGCACGACCUUACCUGUCAGCACUCACCCUGGGCAUCAGUUACUUUGUCGGAGGGUUCCUUCCACUGAUUCCAUAUUUUAUCGUGGCCCAAGACAACGUUCUAGGCGGUCUGUGGUGGAGUAUAGGACUGAUGGGGGUGGUACUGCUGGUCUUUGGCUAUGUGAAGACUGGAGUCGUUCGGGGCUGGACAGGCAGAGACAACUACCAAGCAUGUACCGGCGGAGCAGUGCAAAUGUUUGUGGUCGGGGUGAUAGCGGCAGGUGCGGCUGUGGGAUUGGUGAGGUUAAUCAACCAAGGUUGAACAGAUUCCAUCUUCGAUGGAGCAUGUACGAUAACGAAGGGGG